AUGGGUAGAAAAAUGAUAGCAAACAAAACCGACGCAAGUAAAACAAAAUUUGUCAUAGUAUACUUUAAAUAUUUUGUCUGCGGGCUAGACUGUAAAUUUACAUUCUUUUACUCCAGAUACUUUUUCACGUCUCAAGAACAACGUUGUGAAAAAUUCAUGUACUCACCGGAAUGUCACCUGCGGCUCGGCCGAUCCCGGAACGUAUUUCACACUCACGAAGUCUGCGAAAAAGUUUGCAAAACGAAUGCUGAUCAAUCUUUAAAACAAAGCAGAUAUCUCGUCAAGCGAAACCUUGAUCAGUGUUUGGAUUCUUUAGACGUUGGUCACUCUUGCAAACUGUCAAGAGCGGUAUCCAAAUGGUACUUCGAUGAAAGCGCAAAUGAAUGCAUUGAAUUUCAAUAUCUUGGCUGUGGUGGUAAUGCAAACCGCUUCAAUGAACGUGAAGACUGUGAAGAGUGCAAGAACAAACUUAAUAAUUGGUGA